UCCGCCAAAUUUUCCGCAAGAUUUUUUCUAGCUGCUGCUUCUGCUGCUUUUAUUUUUUUUACCUCAGGAAAAAUUUGAAGAUGAAUGCACACAAAUUUAGUGGGUUGAUUGCUGCUACAUUCACACCAUUUGACGAGAAUGGUGAGCUGAACUUGGAUGUAAUUGAUGAAUAUAUUAAUUUUUUACUUGAUGAAGACAUAUUUGGCAUUUUUGUGGCAGGAGCAACUGGUGAAGGGCUUAGCAUGACUGUACAAGAGAGAAAGGAAUUAGCUGAAAAGUGGAUGAAAGUGGGAAAUGGAAAGCUGAAGCACAUCAUUAUACAAGUUGGUGCUACAAAUCUUAGGGACACAAUUGAACUGGCCAAACAUGCAGAGAGUAUGGGAGCACAUGCCAUAGGAGUCUUACCACCAUUGUUUCCGAGACCUGCAACUAUAAAUUCUUUUACUGAGUACAUGAGGCAAAUUUCAAUAGCUGCUCCUAAAACUCCAAUUCUUUAUUAUCAUAUACCAGAGAUUACAAGUGUUAAUUUUUCCAUGGAAGACUUGCUUACUCUUGCAUCUAAAUCAGUACCAACAUUGGCUGGCAUCAAAUUCUCAUCAGCCAAUUUAAUGGACCUAAGAAGAUGCCUUUUGUUGGAUGGUGGAAAAUUUCAAAUGCUCUUUGGAAAAGAUGAGCAAUAUCUUGGUGCUGUUGCUUUGGGAGUCAAUGCAGCUAUCGGGUCGACGUACAACUAUAUGGGGCCCACGUAUAAUCGCAUGGUCGAGGCCUUCGCUAAUUGUGACAUGGAAAGGGCGCGUCAAGAACAGGAUCGUUCUCAGGCUCUGGUUAAGGUCUUGCAGAAACAUGGUGGCCACAACGGAGUCCAAAAAUCUAUUAUGAAACUUCGAGGUCUUGACGUGGGAUACCCGCGCCUUCCCGUGAUGCCCCUGGAUGAGGAUCAAGUUGAUAGUUUGAAGAAGGACUUGCAAGGUAUUGGUUUCUUUGACUGGUGUAAGUAAGAGUUCCUGAAAAAAGACGAAAUACUUUUAA